CGCAUAGUUUCAACAUGGACGAAAUGGAAUGCUGAAAGUUUUCAUUUAGAAGCAUCAUAGUUACCAAGAUGCUUGAAUGACGUCUGUGCAAAUCGCAUCCUUUCCAGUGUCAAAUUACAGAAUUUUAGCAAGUUUUUGCUAAGCUUUAAAUUGAGAAGUCGUUAAAAAAACAAGAUGGCAGUGCACUUCGACCACCGUCUUGAGACGGAUGGAGCGGGCAUCAACACCGACAUCGGCUGGCUCAAGUCCUCGCCGCUGGUGGCUGUGUUGGCAUACAGUGAGGACAGGGGUGGGAGUGUCAUGAUCUUUAACGAGGAGGGUGAGAAAAUUCCCCACAAACCAAUCGGCCAUCAAGGGCACCCCACGGCCUAUUCCUGGCACCCAACGCGAAAAAUUCUGGCGGUGGGCUGGGAGACAGGGGAGAUCACCUUGUGGAAUGAGCAAGACAAAGAACUGAUCGAGGCCCCUCAUCUACAUCACUCAGAGAUCACAGUCAUGAGAUGGAGCUCUCACGGCUCUCGGCUCGUUACUGCCGACACGGCGGGUGUUCUGAUUGGCUGGAAGUCAGACAGCAAAGGUCGUUUGGGCCAAGACCCGUUCCAACACCACCUACAGGAGCCCAUCAGCCAGAUCAUCCUGAAACCCGCACCACCCCCGGACCCUGUCAUGGACAUCAACAGUCUAGCCAGAGCCGCGGUGAGUGGGGACGAGUCGGCGCUGGAAAUGUUCAACUGGAAAAAGGGAGGCAAGAACAAAUCUUCUGGGGCUCCUUUUGGCCCUCAGGAAUCGCUGGCCUUUUUCAUCGGGGGAGCCAGUGGCGGCGUCUACUACAUGGGUGACCAGGGCCGAUGUGUCCAGUGUUUCUCCCUGGACGUGGCCAUCAAGAAGCUCCUGUUCUACGAGGAGAAGAACGUUCUGGUGACCAUCACAGAGACCUUGAUGCUGACCCAGCACGCUGUCUUUGGGGAGAUGGACACGAAGGAGAUUCUCAAGGUGAAGCUGAGCGGCCGGUCUGACAACCCGACGUUUAUCUGGGCCGGGAAGGGCAUUCUGGCCACCGCAACGGGGGAGAUGGGAGUCAGGAUGUGGGACUUGGAACAAGACGACAACUACAUCCUGACCUUGGAAGGUCACUCGGGCUACGAUCAGAACGAGCUGAUCAUGUGCCUGGCGUAUCACCCGCAGUAUGGGGUCCUGGCCGCUGGGACCAACAUGGGCAAUGUGGCACUGUGGAAGUACAGCCCACCUGGGGGUGGUCGGAGGGUGGAUGGGGACGAGAAGUGGAAGCUUCAGGCACCCGCGACAGUGGAGGGGCCCAUUAGACAGAUUGAGUGGAGCUACAGCCGGGGUCUGAUGGCCGUCAACACCAUCGCCAACGUGUACAUCCUGUGUGAGCAGGUCAUGAGCUACGGCUACAGGGACCAGACAGCUGUUGUCCAGUACGGGCCAGGCGCUCUAAACAUCGAAAUGUUCGCCGCCGGAAACCAUCAUGACCUGAAGACAGAGAUACAGGUCAAGGGCAUUUGUACCACAAAGGACACGUUGGCUGUGUGGAAUGGCAAGCGAGUCAUAAUCUAUGAAUAUUCACCAGAUAAAGCCAUGAUCAAGGCGGCAGGAACGUUCGCAUCGGAGGCCCUGGUAGUGGCACUCUACGAGCAGAAUGUCUACACCAUCGAGCAGAACAAAGUGCAGGUCCGGACAUUCCAGGGCACAGUGAAACAGCUGAUGACAUUUGCCGAGCCCGAGGGUCACCCGGUCAGCCUGGACGUGUGCGGCAGUUAUCUGGUGGUGGCCACGGACGUCGGCGUGCUCCGAGUCUACGACCUCUCAAGGAGGGAGGCUAAAGCUCACAGUAGCCCCAAGAAUCUAGCAGACGUCAUUCCUGGGUUUGGCGCUGCCGUAGGUGCCAAGGUCAACUGUGCCGGAAAUCGUGUCAGCGUGCAGGUGACCUCGGCGGACGGGAAGCCAGACCCAAAGAUGUACUUCUGGGACGUGGAGCUGGACACUGUGCAGUACUUCAACUUUGAGACGGGCCGCGGAGAGCAGGAUGACUACGCAGCACCCUCUGGUGGUCAGGACGAGAACGACACCAACGAUGCCGAGAGAGGCAAGAACCAGGCGGCCCGCGACAUCGCCGGCCGGUACCCAGUGUCCCAGCACUGGGACCCGAGCGAGGCCAAACUGUUUGUGUGUGAGGCCUGGGUGCUGCCCGACACGGUGGACCACAGCAUGGAUCACAGACACUCGCUGACCAAGAUAGUGGACGAGAGACCGGUUGAGGUGAUGGUAGUCUCCCUGUUCUGCACCCCGGAAAAUGGACUGUUGAUCCAGGACAGCUUCCCGCUGCCCGACAACUUCAACACACUCAUGGGGGUGGAGGUGCCCUACUACUACUUCACCAAGAAGGGGGAGAACGCGACAGAUGACCAGCAGGAGUUUGGAGUGGUCAAUCCCGAGACGGGUGCCACCUCGUACCCCAAGCUGGUGGCCCGUAAGAUCAUGCGGGACUUCGUGGGUCUGGAGAACAGUGACCGUGGGACCAGAGACGCCAUGAUGAGCUUCAGCUUCUUCCUGGCCGUCGGCAACAUGGACGAGGCGUUCAAGGCCAUCAAGCUCAUCAAAAGUGAGUCAGUGUGGGAGAACAUGGCCAAGAUGUGCGUGAAGAGCCGGCGUCUGGACGUGGCCAGCGUGUGUCUGGGCAACAUGGGGCACGCCCGCGGGGCAAAGGCUCUACGGGAGGCGCUCAAGGAGCCGGAGCUGGACGCUAGGGUGGCUGUGUUAGCCACGCAGCUGGGACUUUAUGCCCUGGAGACAGCAGAGAUGUACGACCGUAUCCACCUACGUACGACGUUCUACAACCACGCCCGGCACCUGGAGGAUCUCGGAGACACGCAGGCAGCCAUACCCAACUUUGAGAAGUCAGAGACACACAAGUUUGAGGUGCCCAGGAUGUUGGCUGACGAUCCCGACCAGUUGGAGGAAUAUGUGAGCAAAAGCAAGGACAAGACGUUGCGUCGUUGGUGGGCCCAGUACAUGGAGAGCACGGGCGACAUGGACACAGCCAUCAAGUACUACGAGACGGCACAGGACUUUUUCUCUCUGGUCAGGGUCUACUGUUACUGCGGAGACAUGGACAAGGCAGCAGAGAUCUGUAACGAGACUGGUGACCGCGCAGCCUGCUACUACCUGGCGCGUCAGUACGAGAACCAGGACCAGAUCAAAGAGGCCGUACAUUUCUUCCAGCGGGCCCACGCAUACGGCAGUGCCAUACGGCUGUGUAAGGAGCAUGGCUUUGAGGACCAGCUGCUGAACUCUGCCCUGAUGGGUCGCCCCGAGGACAUGAUGGAAGCCGCGCGGUACUACGAGACGCGACAAGGUUUCCAGGAUAAGGCUGUCAUGCUCUACCAUAAGGCUGGCAACUACUCUAAGGCCCUGGAGCUUGCCUUCACCACCAAACAGUUCGGAGCUCUACAACUCAUCUCUAGCGACCUUGACGAGAGAGCCGACCCAGAGCUGCUGCAGCGCUGUGCAGAUUUCUUCCUGGAGAACGGGCAGUACGACAAGGCUGUGGAUCUGUUGGCUAUUGGGAAGAAGUUCUGGGAGGCGGUCAAGAUCUGCAUGGACCAGACAGUGGAGAUCACAGAGGACCUGGCGGAGAAGCUGACCCCGGACAAAGAGUUUGACCCUGACCCCAUGGCCCGCCUCAAGAUCCUGGAGGCCAUCGCCGAGGUGUGCAUGCACCAGGGAGCCUACCACCUGGCCACCAAGAAGUUCACACAGGCCGGGAACAAGAUCAAGGCAAUGAAGGCUUUGCUUAAAUCUGGGGAUACGGAAAAGAUCGUGUUUUUCGCGGGCGUCUCGCGCCAGAAGGAAAUCUACGUCAUGGCCGCUAACUACCUACAGUCUAUGGACUGGCGCAAAGAUCCCGACAUCAUGAAGAACAUCAUCGGCUUCUACACCAAGGGGAGAGCACUGGAUGCGCUGGCGUCUUUCUACGAUGCUUGCGCUCAGGUGGAGAUAGAUGAGUACCAGAACUAUGACAAGGCCCUGGGCGCCCUCGGUGAAGCCUACAAGUGUAUGUCGAAGGCCAAGAUGGACGACUCGAUGCUGCAGGAGGAGAAAGUGGGCAACAUCAAACACAAGAUGGCGCUCAUCAAACGUUUUGUCAUGGCCAGACGUAUGUACCAGGAGAACGCGGAGGAAGCCAUCAAGCAGUGCCAGGUACUCCUAGAGGAGCGAGACGUAGACACGGCCGUACGAGUGGGCGACAUCUACGGCUUUAUCAUCGAACACUACGCCUCUAAGGAGAGAUGGAAGGCUUGAGAGGGAGGGAUUUUGUGGAGGAGGAGUUGAUAGAUAAUAUGUAUCGGGGAGAGGGGUGGGAGGGGGAGUAAGAGGUUGUGAUACACACAUAUUUCAGGGAAGGGGGGGGGAUGUCUGUUAUAAGGCUAUUGAUGACAUUGUAGAGAACUCUCUGUGACAAAGAGGAACAAAUGUUACUAUAUCUCCGUCCUAAGUUUUUACUUUCAGAUAAAAUUGUGUCGUUGUUUUUCUCUCUCUCGUCCUGACACCGAUGUGUUACGGAGGGUCAGGAUAACUCGAUGACGUGUCUUAUGUGAGCGACAUUCCAUGGGGGAAGACUUUCCUUUGUCUCCUCAACAUAUCGUGUCUGGUUUGAGGAUUUCAAGAUUGAGUUGAUCUGCCAGUCCUCAGACACCGUUUAUUGAAUGAAUUUUGAAAAUCCACAAAACAUGUUGUUUCUUUUUUACUCUAUCUUUUGUCCUUUUUACAUACAAGAGAAAUUAAUGCCGGACGUCUAUUUUGUAGAAGUGUCAUCAAUUAUUUCUCCAUUGAACAAAUAUUUGUUUUAUUUUAUAAGAUAAGAGCCGUUAUUUUUGGUGGAGAGAAAAACCUUUCCUUAAACCAUCCAUUUCUGUAUUAACCAUCUCGUCCUACUCUUGUGCCUGACUUACAAACAGUGGGUUUUCUGAAUGUGUGCUGUCAUCUUUUUGUGUUAGUGAAAGUGGGCUGUAAUCUUAUUGUGUAAGUGAAUGUGUGUUACUGAAUGUGUGCUGUAAGGGAAUAUGUGCUGUCAUCUUUUUGUGUAAGUGAAUGUGUGCUGUCAUCUUUUUGUGUAAAGGAAUGUGUGCUGUCAUCUUUUUGUGUAAGGGAAUAUGUGCUGUCAUCUUUUUGUGUAAGUGAAUGUGUGCUGUCAUCUUGUGUAAGUGAAUGCGUGCUGCUAUCUUAAUAUGAAAGUGUGCAGGAAAUGUAACAAACAGGUUAUGGGUAGCUAGUUAAUUAAGUUUCUGCCAGAGGUUGUGGUAAUGAGAAGUUGCAAAGAUCUGAUUGCUGUUGUAACAGUUUGAAUGUACAAAGUAGUUUUACACAUUGUACAUAGUGUCUGUGUAUGCUUGUUCUGUAAGUAUGUGGUGUAUGUGUAUAUCUGUUCUUCAGGUGUAUAUGGUAUCAGCGGUGUUUAUCUGUUUGCCUUAAAUCUGCCCGACUUAUUCCAUAGCAGUUACGUGAUUGCAACAAAGACCAAGGACACAUUUUGAUCUAACAUUUAUUCUAACGCCAAUGUACUUAUAGAUAAAGCAGUUCUAUUUUCCACAUAAGUUUGUUGUGCACUUUUUAGCUCAGUCGUAACGAUGGAAGAAUUCGAUUGUUCUUCUAGUAUCUUAACUCUGCAUCGUGCCGGCGUUGUGUUUGAUGAAUAAAUGUUGCAUGGCUUUGUCAGUUUGGACGUUUCAAGCUAGUGUGAAGGAGUGUGAAGUCAGAUACCAUGUUCUGUUUGUGUGAGGUUAGGCCUCUGAUAAAGGGACCAAUAUGAUAUAUUAUUAUAUGUUUGAAUAUCAUAGUUCUAACAAUAGAUGUAAGCUUGAGCUCAACUGGGUUGUCUGCUAGAUCUACUCAUGGACACAUUUGGUACACAUGACACACUCCGAAGUGUACGUUCAGUACACAUGAGGGUAAUUGUAGAGCAAGGUCUAUACUGGAAAGAUUGCUGAAGUCCAUGGGGAAAUAAGAAAUGAAAAUUCAUGGUCUGAGAUUAAUUUUGACUAUGCACAUUUUUUUCCUGAAGGUGUGAAGGGAGAUGAAACUACAUAUAUUUCUAUACUAUGUCAUAAUGAUGGAAGACCUGCCUGAGAUGUCAGUACAGUAAGAUUUACUUCUGCUAUGCCUUGUGAGCAAGUCAGAGAGAGAGAAGAGAAGAGAAGACGUGAUCAUGUCCUGCCAUGGUACAAAAUGACACUUGUGUUGUUUCAUGGUUUACUUUUUACCCCAGCUUCAAGUUUUGAUUAGUUUUGUGAUAUAGAUAUUAUAUAUAUAUAUAUAUACAUACAGUUCCUCUAUGUCCACCUGUCUGCUGGGACGUACCCCUCUGAGCUCAGACUGGCACUGAUAGACAGAGUUGAAGUAGCCUGCCUCCUAAAUGAUCUAAACUGUGUUUGAUGGGGGUGGGGGGGGGUAAAACUCAAUUGUAAUAACAAUAAUGCUAAACGUAACGAUUUGUUCACCACCGACUGUAUGUAUGAUCUAAUUGUGUCAAUGGGGACGUAAAACAAGUCCACCCAUAGUUGUACAAUUAGUCAUUUGUUUUGUUGAGCAGUUCCUUUUUUCAUUUUCCUCCAAUG